AUGAAGGAGUGGAAUGCGGAGCCGAACAAGUUGUUGGAGCAGAGACGGCAAGAGGAGGCACAAGAGGAGGCAACAGAAAAAAGAGCGGAGGAGGCCAUGCGCCGGCUCGCGUUCGCGCCGGUGCUCGCGCGGUGGCCGCGCGGGGUGCCCUCACCGCCGGUGCUCGCGCAAGGAAAGUCCGGAAACACCGACGCCCCCAACUCUAUCCAUUCCCCUUGCCGGCUCAACCCGGACGGCCACCAGCUGCUCACCACACGCCUCGAUCUGGCCUGCGCGGCGACGGUGAGCAACAGCUGCCGCGUGCUUGAUCCGGCUACCGGAAGGGUUCGCGUCCUGCCGGACAGCCCGGCGCCGGAGCAUGCAGAUCGAGAGAAUGUACGCAAGCCGUACACCUCUUUCGCAUUAGGGUGGAUUGGCGCUACCGGAGAGUACAAGGUGCUAAGGAUGUUGAGCCGGCCCACCCUUACCGGCCUUCACCAGCACCAUCUAUUUGAGGUGUUUACCAUCAGCGGUGCUUCUGGUUCCUGUUCCAGCCAUGCGCAGUGGAGGGCGAGGCUGAGCCAUGGGGAAUUUGUCGAGCCGGGCAGUGCCAUCGUCGUUGGUGAGGUGGUCUACUUCAAAGUGGAUACUGUAUACGACGCCAUGAUUGGUGGUGGUGUCAACCAUGGCAUUCCUCUUGACUGCAUCUAUUCUUUUGACCUUGAGAGAGAGGAAUGGAGGGGAACUCUGCAAGGACCGAUACAUGACAUCUUUCAAACCGAUGAGUAUGAUGAUUAUUUGGAUGACUACCGUGCCCCUUGGUCCGAGAUUACUUUAGCUGAUCUGAGAGGCUCCUUAGCUCUUGUGCACUACCGUAAGUACCAGCACAUCAUGGACCUCUGGCUUCUGAAAGACUUUGACAAUGGUCGCUGGGUGAAAGAGUGUAGGAUUCAGAUUGAACCUAGUUUCCCAACUACCGAGUGGUGUGUAAAGGCAUUGUGUAUGUUAGAUGAUGGAAGGAUAGUCAUCCAUUUCCCGAAGACUGGACUGCUGUUCAUCUAUGAUCCAAGAACCAACACUUCAGCACAAGUGGAGAUGAGAUGUCUUGAUGCGCUUGCGAUGUACACGGGAAAUCUGUUGAGUUUACAAGUUGGUGACAUGGUGUAAUGUUGUAACAUGCUGCUACUUGCUACUCUGUUUUGCAUGCCGUUAAUCGAAUCCACAUGUACAUGGAACAUUGUAAAUGUAUAACAUUUCAUCCCUAGUUCAAUCAUUCUACCGUGAGCAGUUGAGCACUCA